GGAAUUGUAUUAUUUUCCAAAAUGGCAUACUGUGGGUCCAAUAUUCAUCGAUAUGGAUAGAAAAUAAUUUGGUCACGCUCACCAACCUCGCCUCUCAAUGUACUACCCUGCCGGAUUCGGCACCUCGCCCUCAUUACGCAUCCUACAACUGCAAACCAACAACAUUUAUCAUUAUUUAUACACACCCACGUACGCAUUUACAUCAACGCUUUCACACACUCAACGCUCUCUCCAUUCUUCUCACCCAAGAUGGGGAAGAUGAGAGUGUUGUUACCGGCAGAGGAAGUCGACAUCAAGGCGCAGAAAUACGAGCCGGAAUUGACCAAAGCUCCUCAGAUGACGGGUUGGAUGCUGAAGUUAUUUGUUAAGUUAGUUGAAGCUCCGGUGAUCGGUUCUCUUAUUAUAGAGUACAUGAAGAAGCAGAAUAACUUCAAUGAGAUGCUUCGCAGAACUGUGAUACCGGAGACACCCAUGUUUAGGCCCGAGUUUCCCCCUCAGGAAACGGAAAGUGAUGUAGUUAUUCUGGAUGAGGAUUUGAAGUCUGAAGACCGAGUUGCAUUAGCCUUAAGUUGUCUUCCACAUUAUGAUCCUGCUAGUACGUGCACGAAUGAUCUGAAUGUAUUCCGUUACUGGAAGAUUCGUGAUUAUGCAUAUGCUUAUAGGUCACGGCUUGCAACACCAUCCAUGGUUGCGGAGCGGAUCAUCUCUGUCCUAGAUGAUUUCAGUCAUCAGAAACCUCCAACACCAUUAUUAAUUUCAUUUGAUGAGGAAGAUCUAAGAAACCAAGCUGCAGCCUCCACACAAAGGUUUGAGCAAGGAAAUCCAUUGUCAAUCUUGGAUGGAAUCUUUAUGGCAAUCAAAGAUGACAUAGAUUGUUAUCCUCAUCCUUCAAAAGGUGCAACAUCAUGGCUUCAUGAGGUUCGACAAGUAAAGAAGGAUGCAACUUGUGUAUCAAGGUUACGCCGAUGUGGUGUAAUUUUCGUUGGAAAGGCAAAUAUGCAUGAAUUGGGAAUGGGAACAACUGGAAACAAUUCUAAUUAUGGAACAACAAGAAAUCCGCAUGCACUGGAUAGGUACACUGGUGGAUCUUCCUCAGGUCCCGCAGCAAUUGUAGCUUCAGGAAUAUGCCCAGCUGCAUUAGGAACUGACGGAGGAGGCUCAAUUCGCAUACCAUCUUCGCUUUGUGGUGUAGUGGGAUUGAAAUCAACAUUUGGACGGACGGACAUGAAAGGGGCAAUAUGUGGUUCUGGGACUGUAGAAAUCAUUGGGCCACUAGCAUCAAAUGUUGAGGAUGUCCUAUUGGUGUAUGCAGCAAUAUGUGGAUCUUCUCCUGCUGAUAAGAUCAGUAUGAAACCGUCUGUACCUUGUCUUCCGAACUUCUUAUUAGAUGAGAGCUCCAAGGCUCUAGGAUCACUCCGAUUAGGAAAGUAUACGGAGUGGUUUAAUGAUGUUUUCUCGACUGAUAUUUCUGAUAAGUGUGAAGAAGCUCUUAGUCUGUUAGAAAAGACACAUGGUUGCAAGACCGUAGAUAUUGUAAUACCCGAGUUCGAUCAUAUGCGCAUGGCUCAUGUUGUUUCAAUUGGGUCUGAAGCAGCCUGUGGGCUAUCUCCUGAUUACGAGGCUGGGUAUGGUGUUAAAUUAACCCUUGAUUCUCGCAUUAAUUUUGCACUUUUUCAGUCAUUCUCAGCUUCAGACUAUGUUGCUGCCCAGUGUCUUAGGCGAAGGAUGAUGUACUAUCACAUGGAGGCUUUCAAGGAAGUUGAUAUCAUAGUGACCCCCACAACUGGCAUGACAGCACCACUUAUACCUGUCGCUGCUCUUAAAUUGGGAGAGACAAAUAUGAAGGUCACGGCUAAUCUCAUGCGGUUUAUCGUAGACCCAAAUCUUCUUGGGCUCCCAGCAAUUUCUGUCCCAGUUGGCUAUGAUAAGCAAGGGCUUCCAAUAGGCUUGCAAUUAAUAGGCCGUCCAUGGGCUGAAGCUUCAAUUUUACGCCUGGCUGCAGCCAUAGAGGAACUUUGUGCGAAUCCGAAGAAGCCGCAGUCAUAUUUUGAUGUUUUGAAGGGAACCUGAAGAAUCCUUGUCAGGCUUUACUCAUAUUGAGAUUGCAUGCAGAGCUUUAGACACGAAUUAUUUUUCCGCACCCAAGAACAUUUUAUAAACAUGGAAAAAAUGAAGUUUCUUGGGGCGAUCAGCCAUUUCUUGGCUGAGAUAGUUAAUCCAGUUCUCCUUUGGAUCUAUACAUUAAUGCAUCAUUUGUAUUUCUGAAACAAAACUAGUCCUUCUAUAACAAUGUUUGUCAAUAGCUGAAACCUCGUUUUGGCUUCAUUAAAGGACUUGCUAAAUUAUGAACUCUUCA